AGCACUUGGGCUUAUUGAUUUUCGGAAAGCAUUGAAAGAAACACAAGUGAAUAAACUGCAUUCUCGAACAUAACAUGGAGCUCGGCGUGGUUUUGCUGCUUCUACACCUUGGUGCCACUCUGCUUCUGCUCACGCAAGCUCUACCYUACAGUCCAUGGYUAACAUCGCAGCAUCACGGUCCCCUUUACGAAGGUGUGAAGCUGCUCGUUGCGGAUGCUGAGUUUCAGGCGGGAUUGACUUGGAAUGAAACCGAAUUUCAGUUGCUUGAAGCUGUGACUGCAAUGCGGGACACCCAAAUCGAACUAAAUGAUUAUGAACCUCUAAUAGAGGAACGUCUUAACGCUAGAUUGCUCGCUAUGCGUUCCAAGAGCAUUUAUCAACACUGUUAUUUGCAACACAAUUACGUCAUUGCAAACUUUGAGCAAAAACUUACGCUUAAACUCCAGAGCUGCAGAGCAAUGCUGACAAAAGGUUUAGCUGCCUUGCAGAAUGAGUCCGACAUUGAGCUGAAUUUUAUACGUGGUGCUGCAGUGGAAGCUCGUAAUGUCCUUACCGAUUGUAAUGUGGCUGAGCUGAGGAAUAGAGAGAGUAAUACCGAUAUCGCUGGCAUUACCAUGUGUGUACUCAGUCGGAUUGGUGCGCUUGAUCAGCGAUUAUCGGCGGCUUCUGAAGACUUUCUAGAUCUACUUGCCACUGAGAAUGCGGCGGUGCUUAAGGGCGAUAGCUGCGAGGAGUUCGAUGAACUACGUCAGUUAUUCGAUAGCGUCUAUGUUGACAUCAGUGAGUGUGUGGGAGAAAGGGAUGUCUAAACAUUGAAAUAUAUAUAUAUAAAUAUAUCGUAUAUAAAUAUUUCCCUCAAAGUAGACAAGAUCAAUGUUUUCAGAUUUUGAAAUCAGUUUGUAAUUUAUACCAGUUCAAUUUGAUAUAAAUAAUGUAAUGAAAGUAACCAACAGA